AUGAAUCGGUCCGAAUACUUUGCCAACUUGGGAUAUGACCUGUUCAUUGUGCCCAUUGCCCCCCAGCAGACCGUGGAUCUAGCGGUGAAGUCUCCGAUGUGUUGCUCGGCUUGGCUCGUGCGAACCGUGAAAGAAGAGAAGGCUCAAAACCUGGACAUUUGCUAUCAUUCGAUGGUUUUGAACUUUGCUGGUAUUGAGAUUGACCUGGCAAUCCCGAGUCUACGUGUUCGUAAAGGUGUGAAGAGGGAAUUCAAGGAUGCACUUGCCAAGGCUACCUCUAAGGCAAAGGAUGGUGGCCAGGCUGAGACUGGAACAGGUCAAGACGCACUUGUUUCAUUUGUUUUGGGACGAGGCCUAACUGAUGAUGAACUUGCUGUUGUUGCUGAAAAAGAAAGGGUUUCCAAAAAGAAACAAAAUGAAAAGAAAAAGAGAGCCGAAGCUCUCCAGGCAAUUGAAGACUUUGACAUCACUGAUACAAUUGCCGACCGACAGGUUCCGAUUGCUCCAUCACUUUUCCGUCACAUAAUGAAGUGA